GAGCAACUUCGGGAUUUUCCGCUGCGCUGGGCUGGCAGGUGGCGGAGCUGAGGGGGCGGGGCAGAGCCCCCGGCGCUCGGCGGUGGGUGAAUAAUUCGUGGCCGUUCCUGCGGUAACGGUAAGCGGCCUCGUUCAGCCCAGGCCGGCCGCUGUUGCCCGCUCCCGACGCCGGCGUGUGAGGAGCCUCAGCUCGCGGCAGGCGAAGCGAGGUUUUUCUCUUUUGCCUGUUGCUGUGUGCGGGACCCACACAUAAAAGGAAACAAGAAAUAAUUAAAUACACAGAACACUGUCAACUACACAAGUUCUGCAGGUGAUGAAAACAUGGCAGCCAUUAAUGUUGGAAGGGAACAAGUCACUAGAGACCCAGAUCGCUGUGACAUCCCUUACUAUGUAGCUGAAUUUGUUGAAAGAGAAGUUGGAACUGACCUUAAUUGUCUAAGAAAACUUGGCAAACUUAUAGAGGAGCUAUCAGAAAAUAAAAAGCAAUUAGAGGAACAGGUACUUACAGUUUCAUCAGAAGUCCCCAAAAGAAUUCAGAAUGCCUUAAAGAAUGCGGAGGAUUCUAAGAAGUCUCUUAGUCAGCUCCUGGAGGAAGAAACUGUUUUAUUUGAUUCAAUUAAUAGCCACCUAUUGACAGCCCAGCCAUGGAUGGAGGAUCUUGGUGUACUGAUUAGUCAAAUAGAAGAGGUUGAACGACACCUUGCUUAUCUAAAAUGGAUUUCACAAAUAGAAGAGUUAAGUGAUAAUAUUCAGCAGUAUCUCAUGACCAACAAUGUGCCAGAGGCAGCUACUACUCUGGCAUCCAUGGCAGAAUUGGAUAUUAAGCUUCAGGAGUCGUCUUGUUCUCAUCUUCUUACUUUUGUGAGGUCUACUGUUAAGUUCUGGCAUAAAAUUCUUAAGGACAAACUGUCAAGUGAUUUUGAGGAAAUAUUAACUCACCUUCAUUGGCCAUUUGUUGGGCCACCACAGUCUCAGGUUUUUGGCCUUGCUGCACCGGCUAAUGUUCCAGAAAUAUAUAAUAAUUUGGAGACUCUGUUUUCUCAGCUUCUGAAAUUGCAAACAUCAGAUGAAUUACUAACUAAACCAAAACAACUGCCAGAGAAGUAUUCUCUGCCUCCAUCACCACCUAUUAUCCUUCCAAUGCAAAUCAUGCUGAACUCUCUUCAGAAAAGAUUCAAGUAUCAUUUUACUGGGAAUAGACAAACUAAUGUUUUAAGCAAGCCUGAGUGGUACCUAACCCAGGUACUCAUGUGGAUUGGAAAUCAUGCAAAAUUCCUCGACGAUAAAAUCCAGCCAAUAUUGGACAAGGCAGGCUCUUCAGUCAAUGCAAGGCUUGAAUUUUCCCGUGCUCUAGUAAUGCUGAUUUUGGAGAAGUUGGCUGCUGAUAUCCCUUGCCUAUUGUAUGACGAUAAUCUCUUUUGUCAUCUCGUGGAUGAGGUGCUUCUGUUUGAAAGAGAGCUAUACGCUACUCAUGGAUAUCUCAGCAGCUUUCCCAGUUGCAUGCAUAUUCUGUCAGAAGAAACCUGUUUUCAAAGGUGGCUAACUGUGGAAAGAAAAUUUGCUCUUCAAAAGAUGGACUCUAUACUUUCAUCUGAAGCUGCCUGGGUAUCGCAAUAUAAAGAUAUCACUGAUGUAGAUGAAAUGAAAGUCCCAGACUGUGCUGAAACUUUUACAACUCUGUUACAGGUUAUCACAGACAGGUAUAAGAAUCUUCCUACAGCAUCUAGAAAACUACAGUUCUUGGAGUUACAAAAAGACUUAGUUGAUGACUUCAGAAUCCGGUUAACUCAAGUUAUGAAGGAAGAGACUAGAGCUUCUUUAGCCUUCCGUUAUUGUGCCAUUCUUAAUGCUGUUAACUAUAUAGCAACAGUAUUAGCAGACUGGGCUGACAAUGUUUUCUUCUUGGAGCUUCAGCAGGCUGCGCUGGAGGUUUGUGCAGACAGUAAUGCUCUCAGUAAGCUACAGCUAGGACAGUUAGCUUGUAUGGAAAGCUCUGUCUUUGAUGACAUGAUUAACCUCCUAGAACGCCUAAAACAUGAUAUGUUGACCCGCCAAGUAGACCAUGUCUUCAGGGAGGUCAAAGAUGCUGCAAAACUGUACAAAAAAGAGAGGUGGUUAUCUUUGCCAUCCCAGGCAGAGCAGGCAGUAAUGUCCUUAUCCAGUACAGCUUGCCCACUGUUGUUGACAUUAAGAGAUCGUUUGCUGCAGUUAGAACAGCAGCUCUGUUACUCGCUGUUCAAAAUCUUCUGGCAAAUGCUUGCAGAGAAAGUGGAUAUGUUCAUCUAUCAAGAGGUAAUUCUGGCUAAUCACUUCAAUGAAGGAGGAGCAGCACAACUUCAGUUUGAUAUGACUAGGAAUCUUUUCCCUUUAUUUUCCCACUAUUGCAAAAGGCCAGAAAAUUAUUUCAAACAUAUAAAAGAAGCCUGCAUUAUCUUGAAUCUAAAUGUUGGCUCUGCCCUCCUUUUGAAAGAUGCACUACAUUCAGCCUCAGAAAAUGGAACCAUCUUGGAUCCGAACCAGCCCUCUGCUACUGCAGUGUUAAAUGAACUUGGAGUUUACAAAUUAGCUCAACAGGAUGUUGAGAUUUUACUUAAUUUGAGAACAAACUGGCCUAAUAUAGGAAAAUAAGUAAAGAUCUUCAAGGAAAAUGGUUAGAAGUAAAAUAUCUGUUCCAGGUUAUUUAUCUGAAUAAAAGUGAAGUCAAGCUAU